AUGGCGGACAAAAACAACAUCAUCCACCAGCCGAUCCACCCCUCCGUCCGCGCCAAGCUGGACCCGGAGUACGUCGCCCUCCACGACGCCAUCAUCCAGUACAUGGAACCCUCCGAGGCCCGGCCGUGGGACCCGGCCUCGCGCGCCGCGCCCAGCCCGCUUGCCCACACCACGCAGAAGCUGUCCACGGUCGGCAAGCAAUGGGACGAGGAGCUCGGCGGUAGCGGCGAGAUCCAGGUGCGCGUGUUCGUGCCCGAGGGUCAGGCGCCGUCGGAGGGGGGUUGGCCGUGCUUGGUCUGGCUCCACGGCGGUGGGUGGGUGAAUGGUGGUUUGGAUAGCGAGAACGGCUUCUUGACGCACGUUUAUGUGAGAUGCGUUGUCGUCACCAUAAACUACCGCCACGCCCCGGAGCACGUCUACCCCGCCGCCGUCGACGAUUGCCUCACGGGACUCAAGUGGAUAUACGAACCUUCAAACGCCUCCCGUCUGGGCCUCAACACGUCCCUCGUCACAAUCGGCGGUCUCUCAGCAGGCGGCAACCUCGCCGCAAUCCUAACAAUGAAAGCCUCCCUCGCAAACAUCCACCCGCCGCCCAUCGCCCAGAUCCUCAUAUGCCCCGUCAUCGACAGCACCGCCACCGCGGAGACGGGCUGGGCGUCCACGAAGCACGUCCCCUGGCUGACCCCGACCCGCAUGGGAUGGUACCAGGACCUCUACUUCGCCCGCGGCGACGAGGACAAGAAGCAGUGGCAGGCCUCGCCGUGCUUCGCUCCCGCGGACGUCCUCGCCCGCAGCCCCCGGACCUGGCUCGCCGUGGCCGGGGUGGACCUGCUCACGCCCGAGGGGCUGCGGUACGCGGACCAGCUCAGGGACGCGGGCGUCGAGGUCGAGACGGAGGUCUACGAGGGCGCGACGCAUUCCGUCCUCGUUCUUGCUGGUGUCCACCAGAUUAGCAGGAAGCUUGUCCAUGACGCAUGUGCCGUCCUGGCCAAGGGCUUCGGCUCUUCUUACGAUCCUGCGUCGGCUCCUAUCCUGUCGCAACAGGAGUAA